AUGCAAAAUUACAUGUAUGAGAAAGCAAUGGCUCAAGAGACAAGGAACGGAGGAACCUCUACGUUAAAUAACAACAAUGGUGUUGACAACAGUAAGAAGAAGGUGCUAAUAGUGCUCGAUGUCUUCUGCCUUCUACUUGCUAGCCUGCCUUUCCUGAUCAUUGAGACUAGCACCAUACAGCCGUACCAGCGCGGGUUUUACUGUUCGGACGAGUCCAUCCGGUACCCGCGAAAAGAGGGAGAGACCAUUAGUGAUGCUGUGCUUUGUGGUGUUGGCAUUCUUAUUGGCAUCUUCUCCAUUGUGAUUGGAGAAUGCUACAGGAUUCACCAGCUGCACGAAGGAACCAAGUCAUUUGUGGGGAAUCCCUACGUUGCAGCUCUCUACAAGCAGAUAGGUGUGUUUCUCUUUGGCUGCGCCAUCAGCCAGUCAUUCACAGACAUUGCCAAGGUGUCUGUAGGUCGGAUGAGACCCCACUUCUUAGAUGUUUGCAAACCAGAUUUCUCCACUAUUAACUGUUCAUUGGGGUACAUCACCAACUACACCUGCACUGGGGAAGAUAGUGAAGUACAGGAAGCUAGGAAAUCCUUCUUCUCAGGACAUGCCUCGUUUUCGUUAUUCACCAUGCUCUACUUGUGUUUCUACAUCCAGUCCAGGUUUACAUGGCGUGGCGCUCGUCUCCUCCGCCCAUUGCUACAGUUCACUUUGUUGAUGAUGGCUUUCUACACUGGCCUAUCACGCGUGUCCGACCACAAGCACCACCCGACCGAUGUCCUGGCAGGAUUUGUGCAGGGAGCCCUGGUGGCCUACUGCAUAGUGUUCUAUGUGUCAGACCUGUUCAAGCCAAGGGUGAAGCCGGCCACACCCCCGCCCUCCCCGAUUAAGAAGGAGCUGCUCCCUUCAUCUGACAUCAUUGAGAGAAACAACCACCACAACAUGGUGUGAGAGAGCCCACGUCGUUUUGUGACUGAGGAGCCAAUCGCAGCACUGCUCACCUCCCAUUGGACAGUAGAAUGUAGCGACAAGAGACGAUUGCUGCUUGUUGAAUGGCAUCCUCCGCCCUUUUGCAGUGCCCCAGCUGGAGGCACUUUGUGGACUAGGGUGUCAGAUUUGAGAUUUGCACUGCAGAGUCCACUCUCACUAUCCAGACUUAUUAUUUACUAUAACUACUAAUCAGCAUUUGAGCCCAUCCUUUUGAGCACAAAAAAAAAGAAAGAAUUGGAAGCUGAAAGACAAAAUUAAUUAAGAAGAUGAUAACUUGACAGGCAGAGCUAAGGGUGGAAAAAAAGACAAACCCCCUGCCUAGGGAGAGAGGGAUUUCCAGUGAAGCUUCCUCCCCGAACUCUCUGUGGCCUUGGAACAGCAAAGGAAAACAACUUCCUUACCUAAGGGAAGGACAUUACUGCAAUAAUUAGCAGCGUAGAAAUGAUAACUAUAUAGAAAAAUAUAACUUAUAGCACUGUUUUAACUCCAUUGUCCAUUAUCACCACUUGCUGCCUGAGAUGUUUGUCUGAAAAGAUCUUGAUCAUGCUGACAUAAUGAGACAGAAAUAUUGACUCCAAGAAACCAAACCCAGUUGGUAGUUUCAACACUUCAUAUGUGGGGGAAACAUAGUUUUCAUACUAGAGGCUCUAUAUCUACAGUCCACUGUAUGGAUCACACACUGCUCUUAGUAGGCCUUUAUAACAGGCUACAGAGGAGUCCUUUUAUUUCAAAUCUUAGGCCCUGGAAAGUCAGGCCCUCUGACCUCAUUGACCUCUGUCUCCAGAUCAGCACAUCAAGCUUUUUUUAGUGGAUUUCAGAGUGGCCCAAUCCCGGGAUGUUGCAUUUUUGAGAGUUAGAUGAAGUAAAGGGGGUUCAAUUCUAUGGAAGGAUGGAUGGGGGCAGACCUCACAGCAUCCUCCUGCCCGUACAAGAGGCGUGGCUGUGCCAUGCCACUUCUUGGUGAUGGGGCUAUUCUCUGUGGCUUCCUAAACCAGAAGGUGAUAGGUGGGUGGAAUGAAAGGGUGUGGUCUGUUACCAUGCACAGAGGGUGAUUUACAGCAAAGCUGGCACAUUAUUUUGGGAUGAUUUGGGCUCUUUCCGCUGGCAGGGAGGGGCUCUCACCCACUCAAUCACUCAUUGGCAGUGGAUGUCUGUCUCUCAAAGUGUGUGUGUGAGUGUUUGCAUGUGCGUUCUUAUGUUGGUAUGCUUGUGCUUGUUGUCAGUGUGAUUGUGUGUGUUCGUUUGAAUGAGCGCUGUGCCCUGUGAAAAGGAGCCCCCUCUUGAUAAACUGUGUCAAAUGACAAGCGUGAAUGUGUUCCACUGUAUGUCUGAGAGCAGGUGAGUUAUAAAAACUGUGGAUCUAAUAUUUUUAUUCUCUGCUAAGAAGCAUCUUUAACCUUGUAUGUUUAUAGCCUGUCCUGUGUAAUCACUAACAGUUGUACAGUACAGCAUACAGAAGUCCUUUUUAUUUACAGCCAACUCAGAUAUCCUCCAACAACACACUCCGCCAUGUUGCACAUCUUUCUCAUUGUAUAGUCCGUCCUAUCAUUUCACUCUUUUUUUUUUAUAAAUAUAUAAAUAAUGUAUAGAUCACUAAAAUUAACCCUGUAAGAUAUUGUUUCUUAACAUGUUUAGAUAUAUCCACUAUACAGACCUGUGUUCUUUACAAAAUGCUGCUUAAAAGCAUCGAUUGACAGAUUUUUGUAUCUAGAUAAAUAAACUAUUGUAGAUUGUAAUAGUUACAUUUGUGAUAUGCUAAAAAAAAAUACACCCCCUACUUGUAUUAAAAUUCAUAGUAUUUUUGUAUUGUCUUGUCCUCUUUUGUACAAAAUAAAUAGCAGUAAUGGUGUUUUUUCUGCUAAAUGUACUUUGCUUUAUUACAUGUGCUUUUCAAUAAAAAAACAGCUCAUAUGAACACA